CUAUGUUUCCUCUUAGGACCCUUUCAGUAUGUUUGCUGAGAUAGGAAGUGGGUAAUCAGCAGCACAACUUCCUUUGCUUUUUGGUCCUCAGCAGUUCAUGAACAUCAUGGGCUCAACAGGCUGCUUGUGGUCAUUCUCUAUCCCUAUACUGCUGCACGCUUUAUUGUCCAGGUCUUUAGCCACACAGGACUACGAUGAUUACUUAAAUGAAGUAGAGCCUAAUGCCACCACUACUUGUGAGAAUGUAUUAUUUCCACGAUCAUUCCACGGGGAACUAAACGAUACAUUUUUGUCAAUUUCCGCAACAUCCAUGGAAUAUCUGAAAAGUCCCAUCACUGUCCUUGUUAUACCGUUUAUCUAUACUUUAGUGUUUCUGGUAGGAUUACCAGCCAAUGGCAUUGCUUUGUGGGUUUUGAUGACCAAAGUAAAAAAGAUGACCUCUACAGUCUUCCUAAUGAACCUAGCAGUGGCAGACCUCUUACUCAUCCUGGUGCUGCCCUUCAAGAUACUUUAUUACUUCAUGGGAAAUAACUGGAUCUUUGGAGAGCUAAUGUGCAGGGCUGUAACUAGUUUCUUUUAUGGGAACAUGUACUGUUCAGUUCUUCUCCUCAUGAGCAUCAGUAUUGACCGCUACUUGGCUGUGGUCCACCCUUUCUUCUCUAGAACAUUUAGAAGUCAGGCUUUUGCCAUUGCCAUAUGCUCAAUUUCCUGGCUAAUCUCUGUUUUAUGUACAGUUCCUUUGGCUACAAUGCAACAAUCCUAUCCAUUACUAAAUGCUGACAUUACAUUAUGCCAUGAUGCUCUUCCCAGACAAGAGCAAGCGGAUUAUCUUUUUUAUUAUUUUAUGACUACCAUUGUUGUCUGCUUCGUUUUACCUCUGGUGAUCAUAAUCUUCUGCUACAUCUCUGUUAUUCAAGCACUGAUAUCAAGUGGAGAAAAAUAUGCCCAUGCCAUAAAACUUAGUGUUUUGGUUUUGGUGAUAGUGAUAAUCUUCUUGACACCCAGCAAUGUGGUUCUUUUGAUUCAUUACUCUGAGCACUGUAUGGAAAGCUAUGGGAAUCUAUAUGCUGUCUACAUGGUCUGUUUAACUGUAAGUUCCAUUAACAGCUGUGUAGAUCCCUUUGUAUAUUAUUAUGUGUCAGAAGAAUUUCGAGACAAAGUGAGGCACAGGUUUCGGAAAAGCUCCAAAAUGUCUAUCACUUCAGUCAAGACUUGUAAAGAUACUCUACCAGCCAGCUACUCCAACUCCUGCUCACAUUCAGUGUUGUGAUAUUUUCUCUUUCCAAAACUACAGAUUUGCAGACUGAAAGUACAGCAAGCAAAGUUUUUAUAUCCCUCGAAUUGUCAAGUAAAGGACUAUACUAAAUUGUCUUGAAAGCCCCUGCAUUACCUUCUGUAGUUUUCAAAACUACCAUUUAGAGUUGUGUAACUGUUCUUAAAGUGGAAAUCCAAACAAAGCGUCUUUUCUUAUUUUUGUUGUGUAAAAAAAAGGUACCUUUGCUGAUGUCUAUUCCAUGACAAGAUUGCUGCUUUUUACUAACAAAUUGAUAUUUUUGUAUGCAUUAUACAGCUCCUGCUGUGGUAUAGGCCCACUGUAGCUCAUGUUGGUGUUGUUUGUACCCCUUUUCCUCAUUCAUUUUCAGAGCACCUGUUUUGUGAAUGGUUACCAAAAUGUAAGCGGUUCUGCAGAUAGAGAGAGUGAGAGGUGGGUGAAUAAACAACACCAAUGUCAGGAUGUACAGUGAAAGCUGUACUAUCAUGCCUGAACAAAGUAUGGAUUUUAGAAUAAUGAGCAGUGAUGUGAAGGUGGGUAACAACUUCAGGACAGGUAGCUUUUUACAUAGGAAUUAAGAAGGCUCUCUGCCUGGAGUUCUGCUUUAAGGGUAGGGUGUUUUUUUAGCAGAUAAAAAGACAUUACAAGGAAAAUGAAAAACAAAACCAUGUAUCCCCAUACACUUUAGCUCCCCCCUUCUAUGCCCGGUGUCUCCUCAUACACUGCAGAGGACUACUGUAAACUGAGAGGCUGGGAACAGCUAUAGCCCAGCGGUCCUUGCCUGGUGCCUGCUCAUGCACCCUGCCCCAUUUCCAAAAGGAUAGAGAAAAAAAGGUGACUACAUCUUUACCAACCUCUUGCAAAUACUGAAGAGUGUACCUCCAUCUGCAGUUCUCUGGAAAAAUCGAACCAUAAAAUGCAGUGAUCAUGCUAGGAGCUGGAAUGUAUACAGGAAAAUAAUGCGCAGGUCCAAAGAAACGUGAAUAGUGAUGAGACUAUAAUAAUGUUAAAUGAAAAAUAAAGAAUAAAGAAAUAAUAAAAA